AUGAAGAUUCUCUAUAUGGGCGUUUUUCGGAACGAUACCCAGCCCGCGCUCCCGCUAUGCGGAGAGAAGGACCUCACCAGGCAAGUCUUCUCUCGAUUUACCCGUCAGAACUAUGAGGAGUUCAUGAUGCUCUUCACCAAGACGGUCGCAGAGCGCACGAAGCCUGGACAGCGCCAGGAUAUCGAAGAGAAGUCAUACACAUUCCACGCAUAUGGUCGGACUGAAGGUGUCGCUGGUGUAAUCGUCACGGACGGCGAGUACCCCGCGCUGGUGGCGCACCAGCUGCUGUCCAAAAUCGUCGACGAGUUCCUCGCCAAGUACCCUCGUACAUCCUUCUCCGACCCCUCGCUCCGUGAGAACGCAUGCCCACUGCCGCAGCUCAAGGAGUAUAUUGUCAAAUACCAGGAUCCCAGCCAGGCCGACAGCAUCAUGAAGAUCCAACAGGAGCUGGAUGAGACUAAGAUCGUGCUGCACAAGACGAUUGAGAGUGUGCUGGAACGUGGUGAGAAAAUCGACUCGCUGGUCGCCAAGAGUGACGGUCUGUCCGCCCAGAGUAAGAUGUUCUAUACCCAGGCCAAGAAGCAGAACUCCUGCUGCGUUCUUAUGUAG